GCCAGUCCAAAAAAAAAAAAGUUCACUUACCAAGACUGAGCAGCGACCCGUGAAAUUUUCCAAUCUGCUCGGCGGUUGAGGGAGAACAAGAAAGACUAUUCAAUCCUUUCUUCACAUCCUUUUCCCUUCAAUUUCCAUUCCUUCUUCUCGCUCCAACAGCAACAAACAACCCGUAGCCGGGCUCUCUUUCUGUCACUAUCAAGCGGACAGAAGAGAGGAUAGAAAAUCAUAGCCUAUGGUGCAAGGCUUCUCACUUCCAAAUCUCUACGACGUCGCCAGUCAGAACCUUUCGUUUCUUCUCCCGAUGUCGACCCCAAAGAGAAAGGCCGCGGCCAAGCUGGCGACCCCGGUCGUCAAGCCCGAUGCCAGGAGAGCAACCAAGAACACAAUUGACGAGUCCAGAACAACAGUCGCUGGCACCGAUGCCCUGCAGAGCUCGCAGGCCGACCCCAUAGAGAUCUCGGAUGAUGCUGACAGCGAUGAGGAUCUCUCUGACAUGGAGGACGCCAACGAGGAGGCCGGUGCUGGCAAGGGCGCAGAGACACAGUCGUUGGCCAAUGGGCCGCAGAACCCUAAAAAAGACGACGCAGACGAUGGCGAGUCUGAUGCUGAGGGCACAUCCCCCUCCUUUGGCGAGCUGCUGCGCGGCAACGAGAUCAUCGACGUCAAUGCCCUGCUCCAGCAGUCUGCCGCAGACAGCAUUGCCGCCGUCGAGUCGUCGCGAAGCGCCAUCGCCCCUCCCACCCACCAGUCCCUCACCACCGUCCUCACCCAGGCCCUGAAAAGCGACGACACAGACCUCCUCGAGUCAUGCCUGCACACGACUGACAUCCCCACCAUCCAAAACACAAUCGAGCGCAUCGACAGCUCCCUCGCCGGCGUCCUGCUCAACAAGCUCGCCGCCCGGCUGCACAGACGGCCUGGCCGAGCCGGCACCCUCAUGACGUGGGUGCAGUGGACGCUGGUUGCCCACGGCGGAGCCCUGGCCGCCCAGCCCAAGCUCCUCCAUGAUCUCAACAGCCUGCAAAAGGUGCUUGCCGAGAGAGCAAAGGGUCUCAACAGCCUGCUCGCCCUCAAGGGCAAGCUGGAUAUCCUCGAGGGUCAGAUGGAGCUGCGGAGGAAGAUGCAGCGAAGCGCCGGCCUGCUUCAGGACGGCGAGGACGAUGCCGACGAGGAAGACGUCAUCUACGUCGAAGGCGAGGAGAACGACGCUGAAAAGGACGCCGCUGCCAAUGGCUCUCGCUCCCGGAGAAGAGGUGGCGCUUCCAAGGCCGCCCGCGAUGAUGACGAGGAAGAAGACGACGACGACCGUGUCUUGAACGGCUUCAUCGGCGACUCUGAAGACGAGGAGGAAGGCUCCGAGCAGGGCGAGGACGAGAGCGACGCCGGCGAAGAGCCCCUGGACGAGGAUGAAGUGGACUUUGACGAUGUUGAUGAGUCUAUGGGUGAGGAUGACGAGAGCGAUGUGGAGGUUGCGCCGCCAACAAAGAUGCAGAAGGUGACACGGUCGUUUGGCAAGAAGAAAUAAAAGCGUGUGUUUGAGAGAGAACAAGGCACUUUGGUGCGUGUAUGUAUGCAUGCAUGUAUGUAUGUAUGUGUUGUUGUAUUGUGUGUACUGUUGUGCAAAAGAAAAAUUGGAGGAGGGAAAGGAAAAAAGAAGUGCUGCAAAGGAGGCAUAGCAUUAUAGGUCUUCACAGUAUUGGGCGUUUGGAUCUUACUUUUUAAUAUGUUGUCAAAAGAGUAG